AAGCAUAAGAAUAUUCCUCGCAAGUUUCCCAUAAAUUGGGGAAUUAAGAAUCUUUCUUUUCAUUCUAAGCUGCUUUAGUAUCUUAGAUACUGAUAAUCAGAUAUGACGCAAAAGAUAGUGAUCAAGGUGAAUAUUCACUGUGAGAAAUGUCGAACGAAGGCUUUGAAGAUAGCUGCUACGACACAUGGUGUCAAUGAGGUAGCAAUAAAAGGGAAAGCAAGAGAUGAACUGACGGUGAUUGGAAAUGAAGUUGAUUCGGUUAAGUUGGCUUGUAGUCUUAGAAAGAAGCUUCGGAAUGCUACCAUAGUGAGCGUCGAAGAGAAGAAAGAGGAGAAGAAAGAUGAGAAAAAAUAUGAAUAUUUUCCAAGUUAUUAUGCCCACUAUCCACAGUACUUAGUAUCUGAAGUGGCUCGCGAUCCAUACCAACCAACUUGUUCCAUCAUGUGAUAGACAUUAUCAAAUUUUAGUAUCUCAGACUUAUAUUGCAUCUUAUGAUAUUGCCUAGGGUGUGCAAAGGGCAUCGUGAAUUCAGUGUUGUUACUGAUAUGAUUUUCAGAGACUUCUGCAGCUGAUUAGAAUUUAGUUAUAUAUAUCAAUGCAACCUUGAAAACUUCAUGUUUAGCAUGUACAUCUAUUAU